AUGGUUCCAGCAGAGAACAUGAGCGUUUUCUCUGCGGCUGAUCUCUGUAUGAACUGCAGCUCCUCCACCCACCCUGGAAUGGAUGUAGCGAAGGCCGUGUUGUUGGGGAUGCUGCUGGUGGUGUUUGUCGUCUUUGGGGUCCUUGGCAACAUCCUGGUUAUCCUUUCUGUCUUGUUCCACCACCACUGGCGCUCCGUGACGCACUACUUCAUCGCCAACCUUGCAGCGGCAGACCUGCUGCUCAGCUCUGCCGUCCUGCCCUUCUCUGCUACCUCUGAAGCUCUGGGCAGGUGGGUGUUUGGACGCUCCUUCUGCAGCGUUUGGGCCGCUUUGGAUGUCCUCUGCUGCACCGCCUCCAUCCUUAGCCUUUGUGUGAUCUCUAUCGACCGCUACCUCGCUGUGAGCUACCCUCUGAGGUACCCAGCCAUGGCAACAGGACGGCGAGGCCUGACUGCAGUCGCUGCUCUCUGGGGACUCUCAGCAGCGAUAUCUGUGGGCCCUCUGUUUGGGUGGAAGGAGCCUGAACCUGAAGAUGAAACGGUUUGUCGUAUAACAGAAGAGCCUGGCUAUGCUUUGUUCUCGGCUCUUGGAUCCUUCUACAUACCUCUAGCCAUCAUCCUGGCCAUGUACUGCCGUGUUUACACAGUGGCAAAGAGAGAGACACAGACCCUGAGGAAGGGCAGCGAGGGCGGAGGAGUUGAGACAGAGGGGGUGACUCUGAGGAUCCACAGAGGACAUACCACUCAGACUGAGAAACAGGACAAUAAGGAGGGAGAGGAGAGGCAUAAACACACCACCUUUUCCCUUCCAAAGAUGCUGAAGUUCUCCAGAGAGGAGAAAGCAGCCAAGACGCUGGGCAUUGUAGUUGGAUGCUUCAUCCUGUGCUGGCUCCCUUUUUUCCUGGUUUUACCCAUCGGAUCCAUCUUCCCUUCUUGCAAGCCUUCUGAAACCGUCUUUAAGAUAACCUUCUGGCUUGGUUACCUAAACAGCUGCAUCAACCCCAUAAUAUACCCCUGCUUCAGCCGGGAGUUUAAGAAAGCCUUCCACAACGUGCUGCUCGGACGCUGCCUCAGGACAGGUGGACUCGCUGCCAAACCGCAAGGACACAUCGCAACCUACUCCUGCAGUCCAGGCCCCACGUCUAACAUGUCGGUACUCUCAGCGCAAAGCCAAGUCUCUGUUUCCUCAUGGGGUUGCUGCAGGGCACUUUCACCAUCACCAUGUGGCAGCGAUGCAGAUCGGGCUCAAAGGACCCAAAUCCAGAGAAAGAGACUGCUGAAGGCAUGGUGUUUCUCAGCAAGUCAAACAUCGAUACCACAGAACCCCUCCAGUCAGGGGUCAGCUAAGGUCUUACGCCUUUCUCUUAGCAUUACAGGAGAGGCCGUUUGA